UUUAUUUUAUUUUAUUUUAUUUUUUUUUUGGUACAAAUUUUAAAUAUUUGAUAUAUUUAAUAUAUUUGCUUAUAUUUGAUAUAUUUAAUAACACUCAAAAAGAUGGCCCUACUUUACGAAAUUUUUAAGAAAAAGAGAGAGAGAAAAAUAUACGCUGCUACAAAGACGAAUAAAAAAUUCUCAAAAAAAUAUCAAAAAAAAAAUAAGCGUACAAAAUGUAAAAUAAGUCAAAUUAAUAAGGAUAAAAAUAAGUCACAAAAACCAUUGGCUGUGCCAAAAAUAUAUUCAAAAGAUGAUCUAACAACAAUCCCAAUUCCUUCACAAAGAAACAUUAAAGCAAGAUCAAGAUCACAUUCAAUAUCUUAUAACUUACGACCAACAUCUAAUUCGAUUGUUACACCGGAUGAAAAAACUUUUCGCAAGGUCAAAAAUAUCAAUAUUAAGGUUAAUAUCUUUUGGGGUGAAGAAUAUAAGAAACAACAGAUUAAUUUAUCAAUUCCACGAACUAGCUCUUAUAAUUUACUUAAAAUGGACUUAUCAGAAAAGUUAGGAUAUAAGAUGCCACACGAUUUUACUAUAUUAUAUCAUACAAAAAAAUAUCAUAAAAACAAUACUAUGAAAAGGGUUUUGCUUGAUUACUGGAUAAUCAACAAAAUGUUAUGGUGUAUAGAUAAUGAUUUUAUGUUUAGAAAACAUAUGUUGUUAUGGAGGGAUAAUAUCGAGAUAACUGUUACAAAAAAAUCUCUUAUAGUUAAUGAAUUUAAUAAAAAUUAGUAAAAAGUAAUUUUGUAAAUUGUGAGCGAUAUUUCGUGUGAAAUGGUCAGCAGUGAUGGAUGACAAUUGUUCAAGUUAAUGUUGUUUCUUCAUUUAUUACUUUUCAAAUGACUUUAUAAACAUUUGCGCUUUAAAAAUUUAUAAUAAAAUUGGUCAUUUUGACGUUCCAUUUCCCAAUAUUGAAUUUGUGCAUUUUUUCGAAUUCGCAUAAAUUUUAAAUUUUUC